GUCGUGACGCAAUGCGUUUUCUCACCGAGGAGGGGUGAUCGGGAUAAAUGCUUGAAGCACGGCUCAAGGAUUACCUGAAUUGAUCAUCAAAAUAGUGGUUACAAACACAGAAGUACGCACACAGUAUUAGCUAGCUUGCUAGCUACCUGGGUCCAAGUAUGUUUCCAGCCAGGUAUCCACUGCAAGCACGAAUAUGUGUCCGGGCUCUGAAGGCCCUGCGCAGAGAUCAUCAGUUACCGAAUACACCGAGAUGGUGUUCCACGGCCGCGCCGGUGCCGCGCAUUACGUCACACUACACGGUCUACCCAAGGGACAAGGACUCGCGAUGGGAAGGAGUGGAGAUGGAGAGGUUUGCGGAUGAAGCGGACGUGGUGAUCGUGGGAGGUGGCCCUGCGGGCCUGUCUGCCGCCAUCCGACUGAAGCAGCUGGCCAACGAGCACGAGAAGGAGCUCCGGGUGUGCCUGGUGGAGAAAGCCUCCCAGAUCGGCGCUCACACCCUAUCGGGGGCCUGUUUGGAACCCAGCGCCCUCAACGAGCUUUUCCCUGACUGGAAAGAGAGAGGAGCACCUCUUAAUACACCAGUUACAGAGGAUGUGUUUGGAAUUUUAACAAAAAAGUACAGAAUUCCAGUCCCAAUUCUGCCAGGCCUCCCGAUGAAUAACCACGGUAACUACAUUGUUCGGCUCGGCCAUUUUGUCCAGUGGCUGGGGGAACAGGCAGAGGAGCUGGGGGUGGAGAUAUAUCCUGGCUACGCUGCUGCAGAGGUAUUAUUUCAUGAAGAUGGAAGUGUUAAGGGGAUUGCAACAAAUGAUGUUGGAAUUGCUAAGGAUGGUUCUCCUAAAGAUGUAUUUGAGAGGGGUAUGGAGCUCCAUGCUAAGGUAACACUAUUUGGUGAAGGCUGCCAUGGGCACUUAGCCAAGCAACUAUACAAGCACUACAACCUGCGAGAGAACUGUCAACCUCAGACGUAUGCCAUUGGGCUAAAAGAGAUAUGGGUCAUUGAUGAAAAGAAAUGGAGACCAGGCAGAGUGGAGCAUACAGUCGGGUGGCCUCUGGACAGAAACACUUAUGGAGGGUCCUUCUUGUACCAUUUAAAUGAAGGGGAACCAUUGGUGGCCUUAGGAUUUGUGGUGGGUUUGGACUAUCAGAACCCCUACCUGAGCCCCUUCAGGGAGUUUCAGCGCUGGAAGCACCAUCCCUCGGUGGCCCCGACCCUCGAGGGAGGAAACCGGAUAGCUUACGGAGCCAGGGCCCUGAACGAGGGCGGAGUUCAGUCCCUGCCCAAGCUGACCUUUCCCGGGGGCCUGCUGAUGGGGUGCAGUCCGGGGUUCAUGAAUGUCCCCAAGAUCAAGGGCACGCACACGGCCAUGAAGAGCGGCAUACUGGCGGCCGAGGCGGUCUUCAGCAGGAUCACCAACGAGGACCUGGAGUCCGAGACCGCCGGAGUUCAUGUUCCUGAAUAUGAAGAGAGCUUGAGAAAGUCUUGGAUUUGGAAAGAGUUGCACGCUGUUAGGAACAUCCGACCUUCCUUCCAUAACUAUUUUGGGCUUUACGGGGGAAUGGUGUACACUGGAAUAUUUUACUGGAUAUUCAGAGGGAAAGAGCCCUGGACCUUGAAACAUGCAGGUAAGGACUCUGCUCAGCUGAAACCAGCGAAGGACUGCACCCCAAUCGAGUACCCAAAGCCGGAUGGCAAGAUCAGCUUCGACCUGCUCUCCUCCGUGGCUUUGAGCGGGACCAACCACGAGCACGACCAACCCGCGCACCUCACCCUCAAGGACGACAGCGUUCCCGUCGCCCAUAACCUGGCCAUUUACGACGGACCCGAGCAGCGGUUCUGUCCAGCAGGGGUGUACGAGUUUGUUCCUCUUGAGUCCGGGGAGGGCAUGAGACUGCAGAUCAAUGCGCAGAACUGUGUUCAUUGCAAGACCUGUGACAUCAAGGACCCCAGCCAGAACAUUAACUGGGUGGUGCCGGAGGGUAGCGGGGGACCAGCGUACAAUGGCAUGUGAUCUCGGAAGGGGUGUCCGCGGGGGACAGAUGGACGUGGCAGUGUUUAAUGGUACAAACCUGUGUCUCCAAGUUCACCACGUGCCUACUUAUUUAACUGAGUGCUAUCAUAUUACCAGUGAAGACAGGAUCAGGGAGUCAGAUAAAGCAGAUAACAAAAUAAUAAUGAGAAGUUGUCUCUGCUAUAUUUAGCAAAGCUAGUUGGAAAAACAAAAGUAUAACGGUUAUUUUUUUACGGCACACAGGAUAAGCUGUAUGUAGGUAACUGCCCUGGGUUGGCAGGCAUUAGAUUGUUCCAGCCAGUCCAAACUUGAAUUUGAGAUCUUUGAAGUUUGCACCUAAUGGGUCAAUGUUUAUUUUGUGGUCUGUUGCAGGUACCAUUUAUCUGUACAGCUGUGUUUUAUUUAUGUACAGAAUGGUAGUGUACUGUAUGCCAGGACAUUGAAUUAGCGUGGUGUCUUUUAAAAUAAACAUUCAUAACAGUG